AUGCUCAACCCUCUUUUCCUCGGCAGCCUGCUGUUGUUGCCAACGCUGGGACAGGCAGCAAGCAUUGUGCCGCGUCAACAAGACCUGUGCGGUCCUCAGCCAAAUCUAUUACUCAAUCCCUCCUGGGAGUUGGGAACUAGCGGGUGGACGUACAGCAGCAAUGUCUCGCCCCAGAUAGCGAGCGGCAUUAGCAGCGAUGGUGCUCAGUCCCUUUCAAUUAGCCCCUCGCAAUAUGCAACAUGGUCGGUUCGCCAGUCCGCGGGUGGCGGCACCCUUGACCGAAGCAGGCCCUACACGUUCUCCGUCGACAUAGCAGUCGCGUCAUAUCCUCCCUAUGCUGGUCCUCUUGUUUGCACCUUCCAAGCGUACCACUGCCAAACUGUCAACUAUAUCUUUGACAAGACUGUGGCCUUCGCCCCAACCUCUACUCCAUCGCCCUUUGUAACCUACAGUGGUUCCUUUACUCCGCCAAAUUUGGUGGAGGACAUUGUAAUUACCGGGUACUGUAGAUACUCAACCCAGGGCUCGCCAACUGGCCCAUUCACUAUUUAUAUCGACAAUGCCAAUUUCAGCAUGAAUGCUCCCGCCUGCCCAACAUCGACGCCAGUAUCUACAGUUCCCUCCACCACGCCUGUAUCAACCCCAGAGCCUACCACCCCAUCCUCGACGGUCCUUUCAGCGACGACAACUCCAUCGGACUCAACAACCCUCGCCUCCACAACACCUUCAGAUUCAACGACACCAUCAGCUACCACUGACGUGUCUUCCACUCCGACUCCAUCUGACACGACUACCCCGACGCCCACGACGCUUGCCACAGUCACUACCCCAAGUUCCACAGUUCCCUCAGGAACCACCACAUCCCAACUGGAAUCUCUGACACCAACAAGCUCUUCGUCUACUCCUAUGCCAACACCUAGCCGUCCAUGCAGGCGCCGCAAUAGACGGACUACAACGGUCAUUUAG